GUUCUGGAGAUGAGUAGUGCUGCACCAGGCUGUGGAGACUUCUUCCUUCGAUGUCUCUAGCUUUCUCCAUCUUCUGCUGCGUUGGAGGAGCUUCUUCUCCCAGACUUCUUUCCUACAUUUGGGAAUGAUAUGACUUUAAGUAAACUAUAACAUAAGCCCACAUCAGGGAGGAUCUCAUCAGCUGUGCUGCAGACUCUGGAGUACCAUGCAGCUCCGCUGUGCACUCAGUGUGUGCCAUGUGCUUAUGUUGGUGCUGUGUUUGUCUACGGCUGAGGACUUCGACUGGACAAAGAACAACUACGGCUCCUUCUAUUAUGGCACUUUUCCAACUGGAUUUUCAUGGGGCGCCGGAGGUUCGGCCUAUCAAACAGAAGGAGCCUGGGACAAAGAUGGAAAAGGACUGAGCAUCUGGGAUGUGUUCAGUCAUAAAAAGGGCAAAAUCCAGCUAAAUGACACGGGGGAUUCCUCCUGUGAGAGCUACUACAAAAUAAAGGAUGAUGUUUCUUUGAUGAAGGAACUCAGACUAAACCACUAUCGUUUCUCCAUCUCCUGGCCUAGAAUCAUUCCCACUGCUGACCAUGUUAAUGAAAAAGGAAUACAGUACUAUGACGAACUCAUUGACCAUCUUCUGGAGAACAACAUCACUCCCAUUGUCACGCUGUAUCACUGGGAUCUGCCUCAGGUUUUACAAGAGAAAUACAGCGGAUGGCAAAACAUAAGUAUGAUCAAUCACUUCAAUGACUACGCCAACCUUUGCUUUGAGAAAUUUGGCGACAGAGUGAAGCACUGGAUUACUUUCAACAAUCCAUGGUCUGUGGCUGUUGAAGGCUAUGAAACAGGUGAGCACGCUCCUGGGCUGAAGCUGAGAGGAACUGGGGCUUAUAGAGCUGCACAUCACAUCAUAAAGGCACAUGCCAAAGUUUGGCACACUUAUGAUACACAAUGGAGGGCGAAACAAAAAGGCCUGGUUGGCGUCUCGCUGGCGGGGGACUGGGGUGAGCCGGUGGACAUCAGCAAUCAGAAAGACAUUGAAGCGGCAGAGAGAUAUGUCCAGUUCUACCUGGGUUGGUUCGCCACGCCUAUGUUUCAUGGAGACUACCCUCAAGUAAUGAAAGAUUUUGUUGGAAGGAAAAGUGCACAGCAAGGGCUGGGGACGUCUCGACUGCCUUCGUUUUCCCCACAAGAGAAGAGCUACAUAAAGGGGACGUGUGACUUCCUUGGCAUUGGUCAUUUCACCACGCGCUACAUCACCAACAGGAACGACCCUCCAGGUCGUAGCAGCAGCAGCUACUUCACAGACCGUGACCUGGCUGAGCUGGUUGACCCACGAUGGCCUGAUCCUGGGUCAGAAUGGCUCUACUCUGUGCCAUGGGGAUUCAGACGUCUGCUGAAUUUUGUAAAGACUCAGUAUGGAAACCCGAUGAUUUAUGUGACAGAGAAUGGAGUCUCUGAGAAGAUGAUGUGCACAGAGCUGUGUGAUGAGUGGAGGAUACAAUAUUAUAAGGAAUAUAUCAAUGAGAUGCUAAAAGCCAUCAGAGAUGGAGUCAAUGUAAAGGGCUACACUGCAUGGUCCUUGCUGGACAAGUUUGAGUGGGACGAAGGUUUCUCUGAGAGAUUCGGCUUGUACUACGUGGACUUCAGGAACAAAAACAAGCCUCGUUAUCCAAAAGCUUCUGUGCAGUUUUACAAACGGAUCAUCAGCUCUAAUGGAUUUCCGAAUCAAAGAGAGGUUGAAAACUGGAGGAGAAAGGCUGUGGAGAUGUGUUCUUCCAGCAACCAGCUAUUAGCUGCAGACCCGCUGACCAGCCACAUGGAGAUGGUGACUGAGAUCGUUGUCCCCACCGUAUGCACACUCUCCAUUUUGAUCAGUGCUGUGCUGCUCAUGUUCCUGCUGCGCAGAAGGAACUAGGAGGCGUCUGAAACCAUGAACACUCAUGCAGUUUUUCUCCAAAUAUUUUCU